CCUUCACCGGGGGGGGGGGCGGGGGGUGACAGUUGAGUCCCUGCGAUGGGCAAAGGGUGAUCCAGGUCUGUCUUGUUCCCGACCACUCCUCUCAUCUUGAUGCCAUUCAGCUCUGUCACCGGACGAGCAAAUACGAGGUGAGUGUCCAAGGAGAUUUCGGCUAUGAGCAAAGGUGUCGCAGUCAUGGAUGGUAAUACUGAGAGCAUCCCUUCCGAAAAGGCACAGGCUGUGUCAGACUCUUCAGACUUACAGACCCACUCCACUGUCAUCCCCAAUGGAGAAGCCGCCACACUUGAGCUCAGCGCAACAUCGGCUUCGGAGAACGAAGAGACUCAUCCUUCCUGCUGCAGCACGACCGAAGCACCGGCCGGACCUCCGAGAUCUCCUGAGCUGGAGGAAAUGACUGAAGGACUUUCACUAGAGCAGCCCAGGGCAGUGCCGCUGUCGAAUGCGAACGGGGCAGCCACCCUGGCCCCAGCGGACCAGCUGUGGAGCGCCAGCAGAGACGGGGCGGUCCGGCUGAGGAUGGAGGGCUCGGGCCAGGCCUCGGAGACUCCCAUCACCAUCCAUCAGAUGUUCCUGGAGGCGGUGGACCACUACGGCGACUGUCCUGCCUUGGUGUCCAAAACGGAGGGCCAGUCGGUGACCCUGACGUGGAGGCAAUACUACGAGCAGUGCCGUGCGGCUGCAAAAGGUUUUCUCAAGCUGGGGCUGGAGCGUUACCAUGGCGUGGGCAUCUUGGGAUUCAACUCCGCCGAGUGGUUCAUCUCAGACAUCGGCUGCAUCUUGGCUGGGGGCCUGGCCGCCGGCAUUUACACGACCAACUCCCCCGAGGCUUGUCACUACGUGGCGUCCAACUGUGACGCCAACAUCCUGGUCGUGGAGAACCAGAAACAGCUCGACAAAAUCCUGCAGGUUAAAGAUCAACUACCUCAUCUGAAAGCCAUCGUUCAGUAUAAAGGCGAGCUGCAGCAGAAAGCACCGUUCCUGUAUACAUGGGCGGAGUUCAUGAAGCUGGGGGAGGAGAUUCCCGACGAGCAGCUGAAUGCUAUGAUUGACAGUCUCCGGGCCAACGAGUGCUGUACUCUCAUCUAUACCUCAGGAACCACUGGCAACCCUAAAGGAGUCAUGCUGAGCCACGACAACCUGACAUGGACGGCCCGCACAGCAUCGCUCUUGGUAGAUUACACCUACGCUGCAGAGGUGUUGGUCAGUUACUUGCCGCUCAGCCACGUGGCGGCUCAGAUGAUAGACAUGUGGAUCACUAUGGCCUUUGCUGGAACGGUCUACUUUGCAGAGCCAGAUGCCCUCAAGGGCUCCUUGGCAACAACGCUGAAAGAGGCUCGCCCGACGUAUUUCAUGGGGGUCCCUCGAGUGUGGGAGAAGAUGCAGGAGAAGAUGAAAGCUAUGGGUGCCAAGACAUCCCCGAUGAGAAAGAGAGUGGCGGACUGGGCCAAGUCCAUAGGCCUGCAGUAUAACUACAGUGCCAUGAACGGGGAGAAUGUGGUGCCGUGGGGUUUCAUGCUGGCUAACAAUCUGGUCUUCAAGAAGGUGCGCACCGCACUGGGCUUAGACCGCUGCAAGAUCUGCUUCACGGGCGCUGCCCCCGUCACCAAAGAUACUCUGGAGUACUUCAUGAGCCUCAACGUCCCGUUGAUGGAGCUGUACGGCAUGAGUGAGAGCUCCGGCCCGCACACCGUCUCCGUCAACAGCGACUACAAGCUCACAAGCUGCGGGAAAGUGAUGCCAGGCUGCAAGACGAAGCUGGAGAACCCAGACGGGGAUGGGAACGGAGAGAUCUGUUUCUGGGGUCGGAACGUCUUCAUGGGCUACCUGAACAUGCCCGACAAAACGGCAGAGACUCUCGACGAGGACGGCUGGCUGCACUCUGGAGACCUGGGGAAAAACGACCAGCAUGAAUUCCUGUACAUCACAGGAAGGAUCAAGGAGCUGAUCAUCACUGCUGGCGGAGAGAACAUCCCUCCUGUGCCCAUCGAGGAUGCACUGAAGGCCGAGGUGCCAAUUUUAAGCAACUCCAUGCUGAUCGGCGACAAGCUCAAGUUCCUCUCCAUGCUGCUCACUCUCAAAUGCACCGUAGACGACAACGGCGACCCCACGGACGACCUGAGCCCCGAGGUUCUGGACUUCUGCCAGCAGCACGGCAUCACAGCGACCAAGGUGUCAGAGGUCAUAGCCAAUAAGGAGCCAGCAAUCUACCAAGCCAUUCAGGAGGGCAUGGAGCGCAUCAACGCCAGAGCAACAUCCAACGCCCAGAAGGUCCAGAAGUGGGUCAUUGUGGAGAGAGACUUCUCUAUUGGCGGAGGAGAACUGGGACCCACGAUGAAACUCAGGAGGCCCAUUGUUGUGAAGAAGUACCAGGAGAAAAUAGACGAAAUAUACGCAGUGGCCUCGGAAAAACCGUAGACUGUGCUGCACAGAGAUAAGAAAACACCGAAGAGAGAUGGUCACGAGAAACACGGGGCAUGUUAAUGAACAUUUGUGAUGGCGUCCGGCCUUCGUGUUGAGAAAUGUACAGUAUGAGCCUCUUCUUCUCACCUGAAUGUUAAAAGUAAAGAAAAGAGAAGUCUCGAUGAUGAUUUUGUAUUUAAUGAAAUGCAGAGAAGUCUAUAUGUUGUCUGCUCCAAUUCGAUAUUUAAGCUGUUAAAUGUACAUACACUUUCACCGCCACUGUGCACUUUUUGUAAAUAAAACAUCAGAAACCAGAGCCAAAUCUUUGCCAUCUUACCGUAUGGCAUAUACGACAGGUGAACUGCACACUGUGCCUCAGCACCAGUGCAGUUUUUAAAGGACAUUUGAAGAACCAUAACUCGCUGUGGCCUGAAAUAUCCAAGUCUCUCGCGAGCUCAUGUAUUGUUUUUUUUGAAGCAGCAGUAUCUAUUUAAAUAUUUUACAGCAUCGUUCUUUUUUGCCAGUUUUCAGUCUCAUGUUUUGUACAUAAGAUGAUCCCCAUCUGGCAAAAGCUGCAGACGUCACUUCUGUAGAUUGGAGGUGACGUGUAAAUGAAGCUUUUUUCUAUAAUGUGAUUGAAGACAUUGUUGGUAUGAACUUGCCCAAUCAUAAAAAGCGCAAAUUCUAAAGCAUGCAAUUGAAUUUGUGCCUCUCCAUGUACAGUUUGACAAAUGCUGAAAUGUUUAUUUUGUGAUCUAUGAAACGUUGUCAAUAAAAAGUGAGUGAUUUGGACAAUUGA